AUGUCGUGGAUAUGGCCCCGUCUGAUCCUGUAUCUGAUCAGCGUUAGCGCUACUGCAACAGCACAGGCAGAUAUUGGCGGGCUUUCUGGCAGCCAUACUGACAUACCCAGGUGGUGCGGCAAGCCAUAUGAAGCUGGCUCGCCCAACUUCGAGCCUGGAGGCAGACUUGAGCCUCCUGCACCUGCACCGAGCCCUUUGCUGCAUGUACAAGUCCAACCUCAUCACAGCAUCUAUGACAGUAGCGAGAAGAACGCACAAGUCAUUGUCGAUGCUGAAAUAUCUCGUAUACAUGGUCAGCCGCUUCCCGAUGGCAUGGUUGUUACCGCAGCCCCAAGGAACAAAAUAAACGCUUCUUUCGAGUUUGAGAUUCGGAAUCACGAGACGCAACACCUGCUGGCAGCUGGUGAAGUACCAGUCGGGUCUCGGGGAAUCCUUGUUGAAGUUGAUCUUGCGAAGCUCGAGCCUCGACUGACGCCCCAUCCCAUCCAUCUUUCUGCCACAGUCAGACACAGUGCAAGCAUUGCAACAUACAGAGCCGACGCCGACUUCUACUUCUUGCCAGCGAAGAAUAAUGGAAGUACAGUCAAGAUCGACAACCUCAACGGCGGACUCAUCGUGGCCAAUAAUGCCACAGACUACAAAUUCACACCAUUCUUGCCUUUUGGUUUCUACACAAGCUGUGGUGGGUAUCUCAACUACUCCCUCACGAACGUCACGGUUUACCAGAAUCUCGGUUUCAAUGCCAUCAACCCAGUAUGUGCUUUCACUGAUGGAGAUCUUGGGUUUCUCUGCGACUGGCUUGACUCCACCAACCUCUGGUACCAGUAUGAUAUGCGACACUCUUAUCGCAAUCUGAGCUCUGUAGCCGAGCAGAUACCUUUAGUGAAAGAUCGCUCCAACCUCCUCACGUGGUACACGGCCGAUGAGCCCGAUGGCUGGCAGUAUGCUUUGAACUCCACAAAGCUCACAUACGACCUCUUGAAGCGAGAAGAUCCAUAUCAUCCGACAGCCUUAGCCUUGAAUUGCGAUAACUACUACUUCGAGCCCUACACUGCCGGCGCGGACUUCAUAAUGGAGGACGCCUACCCAGUCAGCAUCGACCCAUCUUUCAGUCGGAAGUUCAACACCACCUGCAACGAGACCUAUGGCGACUGCGGUUGCGAUAACUGCAUCGGCUCGCUUCGAGACAUCAGCACGCGUUUGGACACCUACAGCGCGUACGAGGAAUGGCUCGAACGUCCCGACAAGCCCCUCUGGAGCGUACUGCAAGCAUUCUCAGGUGAAUUCUACUGGACCCGUGAUCCUACACCUCUCGAAACAUGGGUCAUGAUGAUUCUCAGCUUGAACCACAACGCAAAAGUCAUGAUGAGCUGGCUCUUCCCAACUUCAGACAUUUUGCACGAAGCACACGGCCACAUGGCGAAAUUGUUCACCAAAUCUCCCAUCAGCGACUUUUUGCUAGGAAGCAACCCCAUCUCCAUCAUCGACGGCUCUCAAAGCUCCCCAUUCUCCCAUUCUCACACACAUGGACACGAUAUCCACCAGCGUCACGUCGACCUGACAGGGAAGACGGAUAUCGACAUCGCAGCAUGGAAUUUCGGUGGCCAGCUGAUGAUAAUGCUCGCAAACGUCGCAGAAGCUUCGCAUAACGAAACAGUCGUGAUCCCAUUACCUGAGAGUGUCAGUAAAAUCGUCAAUCAGCCUUGGGGGAAUCUGUCGUAUAGUCUGCAGAGUGAUCGGGAAUUGGUGGCAAUGAAUGUGCAAGGUUUGUCGACGAGUAUCGUGAUACUGGAUACGGAGAUUCGGUUUGCUUCUUAGAAAGCACUGUCGAGGUGCUUACGCAGGCG